UAUGCAAGCAAAAGUAGGCUAUGUGAUGUUCUACAGGAGAGCAUUGCUUAGCAGUUUAAUCCAGUUAGGUCGAAGACGACAAACAACUGGUUUACCUCAUACAAAGUUAGAUGUGCUAAACGAAUGGCGUACAUAACUAAAGACGAAAGGGAGCGUGAUGGUCUCGUGAAACACACCGGAGGAUGCCACUGUGGCGCGGUGAGGUUUGAGGUGUGGAGCGGUCCGCAUUUACACGUGUUUAACUGCAAUUGCAGUAUUUGUACAAAGAAACAGAAUCGCCACUUCAUUGUGCCAAAAUCCCAGUUCACCUUGCUGCAGGGCUCAGACAACAUAACCACAUACACAUUUAACACACACAUGGCCAAGCACACAUUCUGCAAAACGUGUGGCGUCCAGAGUUUCUACACUCCACGUUCCAACCCUGAUGGGUUUGGUGUGGCACCUCAUUGUUUGGACCCUGGAACAGUGAGCAGUGUCACUGUGGAAGAUUUCUGUGGGCAGAACUGGGAAGAAAGUAUGCAGAAGCAUCAAACUAUAAGAAGUAUGUCAAAACCAACAACGGACACUUAACUCACUUUUUCCAUUGGUCAAUUAAGCCCUAAGAUUAAAUUGUACUCUUCUGCUUCUGAAGGCAUUUUUACCAAUAUAUUAGUCACAACAUGAAUAGACCUUGAGGUUUUGUACCUUUUGUUUAUUACCUUUGAGACCUCCUACUGUAUGUGUACUCUUAAUUGUUAACAAAAUUCACUUUUGUAGAUAUAUACAUUUGUAAUAAAUAUUUAUCGCCUGAGAAAAUGUAACAAAAAUGGAUGAAUCAUCUUCUAUAUACAGCAUGGCUAUAUACAGAUUUUUUUUUGAAACAGCUUUUUAUAGCUGCACUGUCUAGAAUGAAAAACAUCAUCAUCCCCCUAAAUGAUAGGGACAAACUGUAGGGAUUUUAAGAUGAAGAGGGGAUGAUAUCUUUGGUAUGUACUAACCCGACUACCUUGUUUCCUCAAGAAAUGUAUCAACAAAGCAUAUCAUCUGAAGAAAUGUUAGCAAAG